GGGGCAAGGGGAAGCUGAUAUCAUAAUUAUUGGCUCGCCCAGCAGCUGCCUGCCCUCACCUGAUGUCAGCACAGACCCAGGACGGCCGAGCUGACGGACUGAUAGACAGACAGAGCUCCUGGCCCCCCAGACCCCGGCCCCCACGCCGACCUGCUUCACUGAGCGGCCAGGACUGGGGGAUGGUGUCGCUACUCCUGACGCAGUCUGACGUCACGCUGCCGGGCCCCACCAGACUGGAGGGCGAGCCCCAAGGGGACCACAUGCAGGCACCGGGCCUCCCAGGCUCCCCUGCCCCACAGAACAAGCAUGCCGGCUUCAGCUGCUCAUCAUUUGUGCCCAAUGGCCCUCCAGAGAGGGCACCCUCACUGCCUCCACACAGCCCCUGUGCCGCGUCACCAGGUCCCGAGCAGGUCCACUGCCCAGCUGGCCCUGGCCUGGGCCCCUUCCGGCUCUCACCCUCAGACAAGUACCCUGGCUUCGGCUUUGAGGAGAGCCCGGCAAGCAGCCCCAGGCACUUCCUCAAGGGCAGCCGUGUGCCCUUCCAUCCAUACAAGCGGCAUUUCCAUGACGACGUCUUCCCUGAGGCCCAGACCGCCUCGGCCCUCGCUGGACACUCCUUUAAGACCCCAGGGGCGCUGGAGGCCUUCGAGGAGAUCCCCACGGAUGUGGGGGAGCGUGAGGCCUUCCUGCCCGGCUUCCCAGCAGAGGCCUGGUGCAACGGACUCCCCUACCCCAGCCGGGAGCACAGCCCCCAAGUCCUGCAGGGGUCAGAAGUCAAGGUCAAACCCCCACCUCUGGAGAGUGGUCCAGGGAUGUACUGUUACCAACCCCCCUUGCAGCAUAUGUACUGUCCUUCCCAGCCCGCCUUCCACCAGUACUCACCAGGUGGCAGCAGCUACCCUGUACCCUACCUGGGCUCCUCACACUAUCCAUACCAGCGGAUUGCACCCCAGGCCAGCACCGAUGGGCACCAGCCUCUCUUCCCAAAACCCAUUUACUCCUACAGCAUCCUCAUCUUCAUGGCCCUGAAGAACAGUAAAACUGGGAGCCUUCCUGUCAGCGAGAUCUACAAUUUUAUGACGGAGCACUUUCCUUACUUCAAGACGGCGCCUGAUGGCUGGAAGAAUUCUGUCCGCCACAACCUGUCUCUUAACAAGUGCUUCGAGAAGGUAGAGAACAAAUCAGGCAGCUCCUCUCGCAAGGGCUGCCUGUGGGCCCUCAAUCCAGCCAAGAUCGACAAGAUGCAGGAGGAGCUGCAGAAGUGGAAGAGGAAAGACCCCAUUGCCGUGCGCAAAAGCAUGGCCAAGCCAGAAGAGCUGGACAGCCUCAUUGGAGACAAGAGGGAGAAGCUGGGUUCCCCACUGCUUGGCUGCCCGACCCCUGGGCUGACAGGCUCAGGCCCCAUCCGGCCCCUGGCACCUCCAGCCGGGUUCUCCCAGCCGCUGCACUCAAUCCACCCAGCUCCGGGCCCCAUUCCUGACAAGAAUCCCCUGCAGGACCUACUUGGGGGGCACGCACCCUCCUGCUAUGUGCAGACAUAUUCGCACCUCUCACCGGGCCUGGCCCCUCCCAGACCUCUGCAGCCGUUGUUCCCACAGCCAGAUGGGCGCCUUGAGCUGCGGGCCCAGCCGGGCACCCCCCAGGACUCGCCUCUGCCUGCCCACACCCCACCCAGCCACAGUGCCAAGCUGCUGGCUGAACCUUCCCCAGCCAGGACCAUACAUGAAACCCUGCUGCCAGACGGAGACCUUGGCACUGACCUGGAUGCCAUCAAUCCCUCUCUCACUGACUUCGACUUUCAGGGAAACCUGUGGGAACAACUGAAGGACGACAGCUUGGCCCUUGACCCCUUGGUACUGGUGACCUCACCCCUGACGUCAUCUUCAAUGCCGCUGCCCCAACCCCCAUCCCCAUCCUGCUGCUUCCCCCCUGGGCCCUGUCUGGCCGAGACAGGCAGUGAGGCAGGCAACUUGACACCACCAGGCAAUGGGGGCUCCGGGGCAGUGGGGGACCUGCAUCUCACCACCCUUUACUCAGCCUUCAUGGAGCUGGAACCCACGGCCCCUGCUGGCCCCUCUGUGUACCUCAGCCCCAGCUCCAAGCCCAUGGCCCUAGCAUGAGCUAUGCCCAGCAGCUGCUCCAGCCUUUGCCUGGCCUGGAAGUCCCAGCUGGCCGCCCAUGUCGGGCUCACCUUAAAGGUCAAGGAAGGAACACACUCCCUGUCCCCUAUGCCACUAAGCCAACUUGUUUGUUAGCUGGCAGCUGGGGGUGUAGAAGUCACCACCCAGGAUGCUGCCCCUCACACAUUUCUGCCGCCUGGUACACCAACUCCUCGCUCAGGGCCCCUGAAGAGCAAGUGUCCGGGCAAGAAGCAAAUGCACUCUCCCUAGCUCACACCCAUCCACACUUAAGCCCUCAUGCACGUCUGCACAGGCGCACACGCACAGAAACACACGCGUACAGUUAUACAGACAUACACCCACACACAUACCUUAUAUCCAGAGGAAUCAGAACUACAUCACAGAGCCUGACUUCAUUUUGGGGGCAGCUGAGAGCUGAGGGCUUUGGUUACCAAAAGCUCAGGGCUCCCAUGCCAGGUCCAAGACCACUACGGAGUCCUAUUCUGAUGUCCACGUUCUCUGCAGGCCCGUUCCCCUCCAGGCAUGAUCUUUCCCAGAGCCCCCUGUAUUUAUUCUCCCAUCUUCAUCCCACCAGCCCAUCAAGAAGGAGAUAUGGAGUUUCUCCCCAAGUUGUCUGUGGGCCCACCCCCAGGGGGCUGCUACUCAGCAGUACCCGCCCUGCCAAGCUCUACCUGUCCUCAACUUAAGCUCUCUCUGGCCUUUCCCAGGAUGACACACAGGAGGGGCAGUGUCCACCCCAGGACCAAACUGAGCCCAAUUCCGACACAAAGUGUUUGGAAAAGCCCUUGCCCUCAGAAACUUGAAAGUGUCCUUUUCUCCCAGCCCUGGGUGCAGGAAGGGCCCCUCCAGGUCACUGCAGUCUCACUCCUGAGAAGUUCACGUAGGUUAGGCCCCAGCUUGUGAAUUACUUCCAGCUGUCUCAGGCAGCCUGGGCGUUCAGGGAAGGGAAGUCUGGUAGAGGCUGGUGGGGGGAGCACCCAUGCCCCCUUUCUUUGACUGCUUGGCAGGCCCGGGAUGCCCCUGGAAUGAGGGGGUGUCACCCAGUUGCCCUCCAUGCCCUACCUGAGAGCCCAACCGGUACCAAGUGGGAGCCUCAGCCUACCCAGGGUCUGAGGGUGACAAGAACCCCCGGAGGUUGGCCCCAGGUUCAGAUGAGACACAAGCAGAACCCUUGAAGACCUGCCACUGUCCCCUGUCCUGG